UCCCCCUCAACUUUUGACGAUUGGAAUAGAUGUCCUCGAAGAACUCACGCAGUCGCAUACAGAAAAUUUUCCAGAGAUUCGGCGUUUUAUAGACUAUUUAAGGAGACAAUGGUUGUGGGAUACUGAAUGGACCUCUGUGUACGGGAGUCGGAUUAGAACAACCAAUGAUGUUGAAGCAUAUAACCGCCAUUACACGCCUCGAGUCGGUGGCCCUCGUGUCACCGUUUUCAUACUGAUUCAUAACUUAUAACAGGUCAUCGAAGAUGAAUCCAUAAAGUUGCAGAGAUUGAAAAAUAAUCUACCCAUCUCAAAAACCAAAAAAGGAAAGGAACUUUACAAUCGGGACAUGUGCAUCCUGCAAGCGCAGGACAAACUCCUCACUCAGGUGGAAACAGGAACGACCCUUCCAAGGAACAUCAUAAAGAAGGCUGUUUAUAAUUUUCUAAGAGAAUGCCUACCUUCAAAUAUUCAAGACAUAAUUAAUGAAGAACACGGGAAAUCCUUCCCACGGAAUAAUUGUGAGGUGCAGCAUUCAGACGUCCUGGGGCUGGACGAUGAAAAUGCAGAGUAUGGAGUUAAGAAAAAACGUCAAAGUUCCUCAAGAAAAAGUCAAGCGAGGAAACAACCUUCAGCAAUGCCGUGCGCUGAUCGAAACCGCGACAGAAAGCAAAUACUCACGAUACAGCAGCCAGAGGACGUGAAUGGGAUUGAUGAAAGUGAAACCAAUCAUGAUUGGGAUGUCUUGGAAUAUCUGUGGCUGGCUGGUCAUGGGCCAAGUUGUCCUUAUUUGUAA